UUAAUUUUCCCCCAAUUCGAAAAACUUGCAUUCCAUUCCCUCGUGUCUUCCUUCCUUGCCUCAUAUACUCCCUGCACAUUUAUCUGAAAGAUUAUAACAUUACUACAUUCAUACCUUAAUUAGCAAUACUUAUAGUACUAUUUAUCACCUAUUAACAUCCCUCUUUCUCCCUCACUCACACGAUCACUUAUUUUCUCUCUCUUCCUCCCUAUCUAUAUAUCGUGUCUAUUCAUAGUUUGCGUGUGAGGGAGAAAGAGGGAUUGUUCCACGAAGAGAGAGAAAAUAAGAAAGUGGAAAAAAUGGGGAGAGGUAGGGUUCAGCUGAAGAGGAUUGAAAACAAGAUCAACCGGCAAGUGACGUUCUCCAAACGUCGUAUCGGGUUGCUUAAAAAGGCGCACGAGAUCUCGAUACUCUGCGACGCUGAUGUUGGUCUCAUCAUCUUCUCCACCAAAGGAAAACUGUUCGAGUAUGCUUCUGAUUCCUGCAUGGAGAAGAUCCUGGAGCGCUAUGAAAGAUACUCGUAUGCAGAGAAGCAGCUGACUGCUCCUGAUCCUGAAUCCCGUGUAAGCUGGACACUGGAGCAUGCAAAGCUCAAGGCUAGGCUCGAGAUUCUGCAGAAAAAUCAAAGGAAUUACAUGGGAGAAGAACUUGAUACCUUGAGCCUCAAGGAACUUCAGAAUUUAGAGCAUCAGCUUGACAGUGCUCUUAAACACAUCAGGUCCAAAAAGAACCAAGUGAUGCAUGAAUCAAUUUCUCAGCUUCAGAAGAAGGACAAAGCAUUACAGGAACACAACAACAUGCUAAUCAAGAAGGUGAAGGAGAAAGAGAAGGCGUUGGCGAAGCAGUCAGAAACGGAUCAAGAAACAUAUGACCUUAACUCAUCUGGUUUUUUGUCUCAGGCUUUGCCUUCAUUGAACACAGUAGGAACCUGCAGCAGUGCUGUAGAAGACGAUCAAACAACACAGCAACCAAGUCGUACCAACAACAACUCUACCAUUAUGCCGUCCUGGAUGCUCCGUCAUAUCUCCGAGCAGUAAAAGCAAACAGAUGUCAACAAUGGAGAUUAGUCACCAAAAAAGGAAGCUAAGUUAUAAUGCAUAUGUGCAACUUUGUAAGAAAGUAUUGGGUUAGUAGAAUGAUGAUGAUGAUGCAAAAAGGGUAUAAGAAAGAGAGGUGGUGAUGGGUUUUGUAUAUUAUUUCCGGGUAAUGCUGAGACUUCCAUGGAAGAGUUGAAUGAGUAGUAUUAGCUGAAUUUGGAUCCAUGGGUAUUGGAGAAAUGGAUGCAGCUUAAAUAAAGGUACAUUGUUGUUGGUACUCGAUCAGCAGCAUGAUUAAGCUGAUAAUGUAUAUAUAUAUAUAUCCAUCUAUUUAAGCUGUUUUUAAUGUA